AUGGGUCAAAGUGUAAAGAUAGUUGGUUCCUUAAUAGCUAUUUCUAGAUUGUAUAGAUUGAGAGAUGCAGAAGCAGAUUGGCCUAAGGAUUUGCUACUCAUAGAAGCUAUAAAGCAUUAUUUGCUCUUUCCUUUAGAAGGAGUUUCUUAUGAAUACUGGAUUAGAGACCUUGCAUUAGUAGCUUUGGGGUUAAGAAUGAUGAG